AUGCAUUCCUCCAACCUUCUCUUCGUUGCCGGCUUGCUUGGCACAGCCGCUGCCCAGUCACACUAUGACACCCGCUCCAUUGACAUCGCCAACGACAUCUGGGAGCGUGCUCUCUCUGAGGAUGCCCUUGACCUGGAAAGCCGCGGUCUACGAACUGGCGUCGCCAAAGUCAUGAACAAAAUCAAAGGGGGCCCUCCCCUCGCAAAGUCCAUUGACCGCCGCCCCGCCAAAGUACACAACAAACUGCAAAAGAAGCCUCCAGCCGCCAAGGCUCCCAAGGCAACAAAGCCCCGCAACAAGCUUCAGAAGAAGCCCCCCAAGAAUGUGGGCAAGAACUUCCGUCGCGAUUUUGAUGACGAGGCGAUUGCUCAAUUCGUCAGAGAUCUCGACGAAGCUGAGCUCGAAACCCGUGCGCCGAAAAGGUCUCACUCAAAGGGCAGGAAGCACAGGAAGAGGCCUCACAAGAGCAAGUCGCGCAAGCUGCGAAGAAAGCACAAGAAGGUCCACGCCGAGGAGUCCGAGUAG